AGUCCAGCGCAGCCAUGCAGAGUGUGAGCUUGCUGCUGCUGGCCCCACUGUUGGCCCUGGUGUCGGCUGCUCCGCGCUGCCCCGCCGCCUGUAACUGCCUCGGGGACCUGCUACACGUGGUGUGUGAGAACCGGGGCUUGAGGAAGAUCCCGAGGAUCAACAGUAAGAUCCGCCUGCUCAGCCUCCAGCACAACAGAUUCCCCGUGCUGCCACCCAACGCCUUCAGCUCCAUGAAGACCCUCGUGUCCCUGCACCUGCAGGACUGUCGCAUCAGGCAGGUGUCAGCCAGCGCCUUCCGUGGCCUCAAGAAGCUGGUCUACCUGUACCUGGCCAACAAUGAGAUCAGCCUCAUCAAGCCUGGUGCCUUCCAGGACCUCUCAGAACUGACCUACCUCUACCUGGACAAUAACAGGAUCAGCAGCCUCAGCAAGGGGCUCCUGACCCCCCUAAACAGCCUGUUUGUCAUGCACCUGACCAACAACAGGAUCACCCAACUCAAGCCCAAGGCGUUUGCUGGUGCCAAGGAGCUGAGGUGGCUGUACCUGUCGGGCAAUGGCAUGACCUCCAUCCUGCCAGGCGCUCUGGACGAGGUGGAGAAUUUGGCAGCUCUCUAUCUGGACAAGAACCAGCUGAGCAAAUACCCGGCAGAGGGUCUGAGGAAGCUCCGGGUGGUGGAGGAGCUCAAUCUUUCUCACAACCCCAUCAGACUGAUCCCUGACAACGCCUUCCACUCCUUCGGUCGGUACGUGGAGCGCAUCUGGUUGGACCACAUGGACCUCGAGAGGUUUUCAGAGAACGCAUUCAACGGUGUAACCGGCCUUUCCUCCCUCCACCUGGGGAACAACAAGCUGGAAACUCUGCCAAACAGCCUGGUCCUGACCAAAAUGCAGAACAUGACUCUAUCCAACAACUCGUGGCAGUGUAACUGUGCGCUGGCCCCCCUCCGAAGCUGGAUGGACAGCAGUAGGAAUCAGGUGAACGCGGUCUGUUCCUCUCCAAGCCAGUACAGAGGCCAGCAGAUCCGACACACCACAGCCUUCCAGAGUUGCAAGGGACGCACAAAGCGCAACAAAAAACACACUCUCUAAGCAGUUGGUGAUGGGAAUGUCCGUCCUGGAGACAGGCUCCUCCGUUCAUCGAUCAAUGCCAAC